CCGGGAGGCUCCGGAGCCUUUUUUCUUUUCGUCCCCGCCCACCCCGCUGAUUGGCUGCCAUACGAUGGCGUCACUUCCUGCUGCCGGCGAGGCCGUUGCCGUGUCCGGAGUGGAGGGGGGAGGAGACCGGAGCGAGCUGGAGAGCAACCCGCCGGGUCCGAGAACGACGGCUCCCCUCCCCCCCCCGCCCGAAGACACAGAGCCGCGGGAGGGGAGGGGACUGCACGGCGCAGGAUCAUGGAUUUUCCAGGACAUUUUGAGCAAAUCUUUCAACAGCUAAACUACCAGCGACUUCAUGGUCAACUUUGUGACUGUGUCAUUGUGGUGGGGAACAGGCAUUUCAAAGCCCAUCGCUCUGUUUUGGCAGCAUGCAGCACGCAUUUUCGAGCUCUCUUUACUGUGGCAGAGGGAGACCAGACCAUGAACAUGAUCCAGCUGGACAGUGAGGUAGUGACAGCUGAGGCCUUUGCUGCUCUGAUUGAUAUGAUGUACACCUCCACACUCAUGCUUGGAGAGAGCAAUGUUAUGGAUGUCUUGCUGGCAGCUUCUCACUUACAUUUGAACUCUGUUGUUAAAGCAUGUAAACACUACCUUACUACAAGGACACUGCCAAUGUCACCACCGAGCGAUAGAGUUCAAGAACAAAAUGCACGCAUGCAAAGAUCUUUCAUGCUUCAGCAGCUUGGACUGAGUAUAGUGAGCUCUGCAUUAAAUUCCACCCAGAACGCAGAAGAACAACAAAAUACUAUGAGCUCAUCAAUGAGAAGUAACAUAGAACAGCGCACUACUUUUCCUAUUCGGCGUCUCCACAAACGUAAACAGUCUUCUGAAGACCGGGCCAGACAGCGAAUCAGGCCUACCAUAGACGAGUCCAUCAUUUCAGAUGUUGCCCCAGAGAGUGGGCAGUCAGUAGUUCAUUCACGGGAAGAAUUUUUUUCACCAGAUUCACUGAAGAUUGUGGACAAUUCUAAAGCUGAUGUUGUGACCAAUAAUCAGGAGGAUAACACCAUUAUGUUUGAUCAGUCUUUUGGUGCCCAAGAAGAUGCCCAAGUGCCCAGUCAGUCUGACAACAGUGGAGGAAAUAUUUCGCAAAUGUCCAUGGCAUCUCAAGCAACACAAGUGGAAACUAGCUUUGACCAAGAAGCUACUUCUGAGAAAAACAACUUUCAGUGUGAAAAUCCAGAGAUCAGUCUAAUAAAAGAACACAUGAGGGUUGUGGUUAAAUCUGAGCCCUUGAGUUCCCCAGAGCCUCAAGAUGAAGUGAGUGAUGUCACUUCCCAAGCAGAAGGCAGUGAGUCUGUUGAAGUGGAAGGAGGAGUAGUGAGUGCAGAAAAGAUAGAACUGAGUCCUGAAAGUAGUGAUCGUAGCUUUUCUGACCCACAGUCUAGUACUGAUCGGGUUGGUGACAUCCAUAUUUUGGAGGUGUCAAAUAACCUGGAACAUAAGUCUACUUUCAGUAUCUCAAAUUUUCUGAAUAAGAGCCGAGGUGGCAAUUUUGGUGCUAAUCAAAAUGAUGACAAUAUUCCAAAUACAACCAGUGACUGCAGAAUGGAUGGAGAUGCCUCUUAUUUAAUGAGUCCAGAGUCUGGGCCUACUAAUGGCCAUUCCUCUGCUACUGUCUCUCAUGUGGAAAAUCCAUUUAAUGAAUCUACAGAUUCUCACUUUGUUAGACCUAUGCAGGAUGUAAUGGGUCUUCCAUGUGUACAGACUUCUGGAUACCGGGCAGCAGAACAGUUUGGGAUGGACUUUCCAAGGUCUGGCUUGGGACUACACUCUUUAUCAAGGGCAAUGAUGGGUUCUCCAAGAGGUGGAGCUAGUAACUUUCCCGGCUACCGUCGCAUAGCCCCCAAAAUGCCUGUUGUGACCUCUGUUAGGAGCUCCCAAAUGCAAGAUAGUGCAUCUAAUUCCCAGUUGAUGAUGAAUGGGACCAGUUCCUCUUUCGAAAAUGGGCAUCCUUCCCAGCCUGGUCCACCACAGUUGACCCGGGCAUCUGCUGAUGUUCUUUCAAAAUGUAAGAAGGCUUUAUCUGAGCACAAUGUCUUGGUUGUAGAAGGUGCUCGCAAAUAUGCCUGUAAAAUCUGCUGCAAGACUUUCCUGACCUUAACAGACUGUAAGAAGCACAUCCGUGUGCACACAGGAGAAAAGCCUUAUGCCUGUUUAAAGUGUGGCAAACGGUUCAGCCAGUCCAGCCAUUUGUAUAAACAUUCCAAAACUACCUGCCUGCGGUGGCAGAGCAGCAACCUACCCAGCACUUUGCUUUAAUCCUUCCCCCCAAGCCCAUACAAAUAAUGCCAAUACAAAUUGUAGGAACAUGAACUCAACUGUGUCUGGAAUAUUAACACUAUUUUGUUCAAGACUGCAGGUUAAGAAGCUGCUUUGUAGUAAACACUUAAGUGUGAGUGUGGUGCGCUUCCCCCCCCCCCCC